GAGCAAGUGCGGCGUUUUUGCGCAGAUCCAGGACGCUUUCAGCAUUGGCACGAUAGCAUGCGGGAGCACGUGAGGCUCUUCCGGCAGAUCCAUCAGCAAGCCAUUCUGAUCGCGGCUGCAUCAAAUUAAGACUGCGGUUGUGCAGCUUUUGAAUAAGAUCAUUCACGGGUCCGAUGUGAACUAUCCGCUAGCUAGUAAGGACGCAUCAAGUAGUUGUAGUAAGUAUUUAGGCUUAGCCCGAUAACAAAACACAAAAUUAGAACCAGAUUGAGGCGCAGUCCUGUCUAAGAUUCUGAUGAGCCUUAGUUGAAGCCUAGAAAUCCCUAAUCCUAGCCCUCCCUACUGGAAAAAAGGUUCUUGUUGAGAGGCGUGGACGAGACUUUUACCUCUAAUCAAAAGUUCGGUCUGGGAGCUGGGCGAUUGAUGAAGACGUAGAGGAAAUCGCGGAAAGAGCAGUCAAUGCGGCUGGUGCCGGAGACGGCCUUGACGACAAUGAAGAUGAGGAGUUCAGCACAGUAGAGGGGUCGUCCUCAUCUACGUCGGGUCGCAAGAAGCAAAAUUCUAAGAACAAGAAGAAAGCGAAGGACGAGGUUGAGAAAGCCAAUAUUAAAGCUGGUGGGAGGACGACAUCAAGUGCAAGUGGAAGGAAAAAGACAAACAAAACGAGCGGGAACAAAACGACGGGUUUUUUUGGUGACUCGCGAGUGGCAUCUUCAGAUGAGGAGAAUUCCUGGAGCGAGGAUGGGGAAGUUGAGUAUAGGUAUAUAGGCGAGGAGGAUGACGAGAAUGGAAGGCAAGUGCGCUCGCGCGUUGUGGAUGCAGCUGUUGCAGCGGUGAGGAAAAGAAUCUUGAGCAAUACUAGCAGAAAGAAAAAGUCCACCUCGAGCCUCUUUGAGAUGACAUUGUUGCCGCCCAUACUAGAAGAAGAAGCAAGUAGCAGCAGGGUUGUAUUCUCGGAGGAGGACGAUGGACCAUCCGAAUCAGAUGAAAAAAUAUCAGGAGGAAGGGUUGCUCCUUCCUCCAGUGCUAGUGUCACAAGAGCGCAAAGAAAAGGAGGACGAGGAGCAAAAAAUCCUAAGGCUGCAUCAUCCCCAACUACAGCGGAAUCCAAGGCCAAAAAAGCCGCUAGUAAAGCAGCAAGCAAAAAGUCCAUGAGUAUUAAAAAUGGUAGAAGCUCUACUAAGAACAAGACGAAAGUAGAAGUUCGUAAAAACUACACCAGCUCGACGAAGCAAGAGCUGAAAUCUUCACAGCAAGAUCAACAACCAAGUGGUACAAGUCGAGGCCAUCAAGUGCAAAGUCAGUAUAGCAAUAGUCCAAGCCCAGCGCCAACUACAUCAGCGUCAAUCCCACUAGCGACAGGAGGAGCUACCACAGUAGCGGAAACAGAGUGGACGUUUAAGGAGCCUCGCGAAGACAGUUUGCAGGAUACAGAGUACUUCACCCUUUGCGUCCGAGAGUUCCGACGUGUGCGUCUCCUAGGUACCGAUCAAGAAUGCGGCCAUGCGCUACACCUGCGCAGACCACAGGACUUACACUUUCCUCUCCUCGAGAUGUUUUUGUGGAAGCGUGUAGUUUUUGACGAAUUUCAUGAAAUUCUAGACCUGGAUCCUCGUGACGUGGACGUGUUGCUGCGUUUCAAGAGCUAUUUUAAAUGGGGAAUGACGGGGUCACCUCCAGUGCAAUCUGUGCGAUCGAUAGCGGCUAUGGCCAACUUACUUUCCGUUGAUCUCUUAGGUGUCUCCAAAGAGGAGAUGGGAUUCUUAGACCACAUUCACCAGUACGCAGAAGGCUGUGCCUGUUACAAAGACGAUGCCGUCGUGCUCGAGACAGCUGCGCGAACUGAUGGGCAACAAGUAGUAGUUGCAGAUGAAACAACGGGUGGAAACAAUGAAAAUGCCAAUAGAAAUGGAAUAUUAUCGGUAAGCAUUCAUCCUGCUAAUGGAUCGGCAAUUACCAAUUAUGAGGGACUGUCGGGCUCCUCCGCUGGUGCAACGAUAGAGGCUGUUUC